AUGCAAUUAUUCCUUUGUUCAGUUUGUGGAGAAAUGAAUGUUGACCAGGCUGGACGAAUCGUUAAUGGAUUUGGUACAUACGCACAUAAAUAUCCGUGGAUGGCUGCAAUGUUUAGAGACAACGAUGAAUUUACAUGUGGUGGAAGUUUAAUUUCCACAAGAAACAUUUUAACAGCUGCUCAUUGUCUUUUCUACAUUAAGCGUCCAUUGGAAACUUACUGGCUUCUGGGAAUGCAUAAAGUAAAAAGAAGAGAAGGCGUCAGAUAUGAAACAAUUUCAUACGAAUAUCAUCCAAAAUUCAAAAAUUCAAGCUUUGGUGAUGAUUACGAUAUUGCAAUUGCCACAGUUGAUAAACUAAUCCUAUUUAGUGAUCAUAUUAAGCCUAUUUGUAUUACAUUAGCAUCACAUGAAUUCACAUGGCAAAUGGCGAUUGUCGCUGGAUGGGGAAGACUUAAUGAAGGAAGAUCUUCAGAGAUUGCUAAUGCUCUCAUGGAAACAAGAGUUGAAGUGAAAAGUUACGAGAAGUGCAAAGAACUCACUAAAUCGAUGGUUAAAUUCAACAAAGAUUCGAUGAUUUGUGCACAUUCACAUAAAACGGAUGCAUGUCAAGGCGACAGUGGAGGGCCACUUUUCAUUGAAACUCAUCCAAAUCGUUAUGAAGUAUUUGGCGUUGUUUCCUUUGGGGAAGGUUGUGCCAGACCUUUUCCAGGAGUUUAUUCAAGACUCACUACUAAAUUAACCAUUGAUUGGAUUUAUGAUACAAUUGGAAAAUCUAAAGGGAAAGUCUGUAAAGAUAUUAUAAAAAAGAGUUGAUUGAUAAAAAUCGAUUCUUUUCAAUUGCUACACAAUUUUUUUUCUUUUAUUUCCAACAUUUUUAUUACAUAAAUUAUUGCUCGAAAGAAUUUACACUCGGAAAAUUCAGCACAAUUCAUGAGACGGAUGUGAAGCUUAAAGGCAUUUUACGUGAUAAAACCAUGUAAAAAGUACGAUUUGACUUAAUUGUGUCGUUUCAUUUCAAAAAUAUCUCCAAUGGAAAACUCGAAUGUGUGAAAAGUUACGUGAAGGAAAGUGAACAAACAUCGAUUUUGUUAGCUGUUGGCAAGAAUUGUUUCCUUUCCAAAGAUUCUUUUGUGGCAUUUUCAUGAAGCAGGGCAAUUGGCCACUUCAAAACUGAUUUAUUAGUUAAAUGAGAUCGGUCAAUUGCUUUCAUUCUUCGAUGCCAACAGUGACAAACUUCGAUGCUUUAAAUUGAAUUUAUUUCUUAAUAUUUAUUCAGCUUUAAGCUCUCAUUGAAAUACUUUUAUGAAUUCAUGUCAAUGAAUGUUAAUUAAGUAAUGAAUUGAUAAAAACAAUGUUUUCAUGACUCAUACUAAAUGCUUACGAAAAUGAACUUUUGUGCAUGUUCAACUCUCUUAAAUUUAAUCAAUUUCUAUUCAAUGUCAAGUUGCAUUGCUUUAUCGAAGAAUUUUUCGUUUGAAAAAUAAAAACAAGAAAAUUAUUAUCACGUGAAUAUAUUUUCAAUCAAAUCUGUUGUCACAAACACUGGCCAGAUCAUCAACUAAGUAUAAAAUAAAGUUUCAAUCAAUGAAUCAUUUUUGAAGCUAAGCGGAUAUUUAACAUUUAAGUUCUAAUAAAUAAUGUCCAUUGACUUUCCACUCAGACUUUUCUUACUUGUGAUGGCUUCUUCUAAGUUACAGUCUAAUUUGCUAUAAGCAGCCUUUGAUCCACUUCUAGAUCUGUCACGACUUCGACGACCACGUCGUCCUUCGAGACAUAAAGCCAUCAGUUUAUGUCGAUUUUGAUGAAGAAUGUAAAGAAGUACGCAAAGGAACAUGAGACCGCAAAGAUACGUGAAGAAGUUUGAGUCUGGAUCUUCUUUAAACUCGACAGUUUCGUAAUUUUUAUGAGGAACUUCAUCUUCCACUAUCUCAUUUAAUUCCUCCUGGGGCAUUUUAUCAGCAGUAAGUUUAUUAUUGUUUCUUGCCAUCGAAUCAUCUUCGUACUCUUCAUCAGGAUCAAUUUCGUUUUGCAUAAAAGGAUCUUGAUCUUUCUCCAUUGGAUUAUCAGAAGCGACUUCAAAGGUUUGCUUAAUUUCUCCAUCUUCAAGAUUCUCACCAUCAUUGAUGUUCACUUCUUCAACAGCUUUCUUUGCUUCGUUUACUUCUCCUUGACCUUCAUUAUUGAUGUUUGUAGCUUCAUUAGACUUCUUACUGUCAUUGACACCUCCAAUUUCAUCACUAUUACUAUCAUUACCUGAUUUUAUCACUUUAUCAAUAUUUUUCAUUUCAGAUUUUUCUUCGGAAACUUUUGAAAGAUUUUUCGCGAUAUCAGCAGCAGGUACAAUUGGAACUGUUGUUGAUGGUGUUGUAGGGUUUGAAGUUGGUAUUGGUUGAUCAGCAGCAUCUUGAUUAGCACUCAAAUUUGAUGACGUAUCUUCUUUUCUUAGAGCUCCAACAUUUCUUGAAGUGCUGAUUUUAACAAAUGAUGGCACAUUAGCCCUGCCAGCUAAUUUGUCAACUUUGGUAGUGAUUACUUCACCAAUAACGUCAGGUUUAAUGUUGAUAACUUGUUGGGCUUUGUCAUUACUUAACCCAUCUAAAUACGUGUACUGAUUAAAAAGGAAACGACAUACAGGAAGUAAUUUUGUUUCAUAUGACUCUGGAUCAUUGUAGAAGCAUCGAUCAUUACAAGUUGCUUCACCAUUGUCUUUCUUCAAUAUGUCCUUGAACCAAAUUGCUUGGUCUUUAAUAGCUUUUGCAGCAUCAGUUCGAGGUGUAUCGGGAAGGACAUUUGACAAUGCUUCACAGAAUUUUCCAUCUACGUAAGUAGCAUUUUUUCCUCUAAUAAACUCCAAUUUUUCAGAAUCAAAUGAUAAAGCUAAUUCAUACAUAGCAAAGCAAAGAGAAUUCGAGAAUUCAUUUUUCUUUUGACAUUCGGCUAUAAAUUUAUGUUCGCGUAACUGUACGGUACGAUUAUCACUUUGUAUGAUGUUAAUUAAUGAAUUCUCUUCAACUGGAGCUGAUAUAACACUAGAAAUUAGGAAAAGUACUUGAAGAAUUACCCAAC